CCAGAAUAGACGGGACCAUAGACAGUUCCCCAUGUUUAAAGAUCACGCAGAAGUCUUUUGGUUCUCAGAACAGCAGCACUGAUAUCAUGUUUUAUCGUCUGAGCAUGCCGAUCGAGUGCGCAGAGGUCUUCUCCAAGAGUGUGGCUGGAGGGCUCCCUGGUGCUGGCCUCUUUGGACCAAAGAAUGAUUUGGAGGACUAUGAUGCAGAUUCUGAUUUUGAAGUUCUUAUGAAAACAGCUCAUGGCCAUCUGGUGCCCGAUCGUGUUGACAAAGAAGCUACAAGGCCAGAGUUUAAUAACCACAAAGAUUAUGCUCAGGAAAAGCCCUCUCGUCUGAAACAAAGAUUUCUGCUUAGAAGAACAAAGCCAGAUUAUAGCACAAGCCAUUCUGCAAGACUCACUGAAGAUGUCCUUGCCGAUGAUCGGGACGACUAUGAUUACUUGAUGCAGACGUCAACGUACUAUUACUCAGUGAGGAUUUUUCCUGGACAAGAACCUGCUAAUGUCUGGGUGGGCUGGAUUACAUCAGAUUUUCAUCAGUAUGAUACAGGCUUUGACUUGGACAGAGUUCGUACUGUAACAGUUACUCUGGGAGAUGAAAAAGGAAAAGUGCAUGAAAGCAUCAAACGCAGCAACUGCUACAUGGUGUGUGCGGGCGAGAGCAUGAGUCCUGGGCAAGGGCGCAACAACAACGGGCUGGAGAUCGGCUGUGUGGUGGACGCCACCAGUGGGCUGCUUACCUUCAUCGCCAAUGGCAAGGAGCUGAGCACCUACUAUCAGGUGGAGCCAAGUACAAAAUUAUUUCCUGCAGUUUUUGCCCAAGCGACAAGUCCCAAUGUUUUCCAGUUUGAAUUGGGAAGAAUAAAGAAUGUGAUGCCUCUUUCGGCGGGAUUAUUCAAGAGUGAGCACAAAAACCCUGUGCCCCAGUGCCCUCCACGUCUCCACGUGCAGUUCCUAUCCCACGUCCUGUGGAGCAGAAUGCCAAACCAGUUUUUGAAAGUAGAUGUCUCUCGAAUAAGUGAACGCCAAGGCUGGCUGGUGCAGUGUUUGGAUCCUCUGCAGUUCAUGUCUCUUCAUAUCCCCGAGGAAAACAGAUCUGUCGACAUAUUGGAGCUGACCGAGCAGGAGGAAUUGCUGAAAUUUCACUAUCACACUCUCCGCCUCUACUCAGCCGUGUGUGCUCUUGGGAACCACCGGGUGGCCCAUGCCCUGUGCAGCCACGUGGAUGAGCCCCAGCUCCUCUACGCCAUUGAGAACAAGUACAUGCCUGGUUUGCUGCGCGCCGGCUACUAUGACCUACUGAUCGACAUCCAUCUGAGCUCCUAUGCCACCGCCCGGCUCAUGAUGAACAAUGAGUUCAUCGUCCCCAUGACAGAGGAGACGAAGAGCAUCACCCUCUUCCCCGAUGAGAAUAAGAAGCACGGCCUCCCAGGGAUUGGCCUGAGCACCUCGCUCAGGCCGCGGAUGCAGUUCUCGUCCCCCAGUUUUGUUAGCAUCAGUAAUGACUGCUACCAGCACAGUCCGGAAUUCCCACUGGACAUCCUAAAGACCAAAACCAUGCAGAUGCUGACGGAAGCUGUGAAAGAGGGCAGUCUUCAUGCCCGGGACCCAGUCGGGGGCACCACUGAGUUCCUCUUUGUCCCUCUCAUCAAGCUUUUCUACACCCUGCUGAUCAUGGGCAUCUUUCACAAUGAGGACCUGAAGCACAUCCUGCAGCUGAUUGAGCCCAGCGUGUUUAAGGAAGCUGCCACUGAGGAGGAGGAGAGUGAUGCCCUGGAGCAAGAGCUCAGUGCUGCUGAAGACCCGAAGCUGGAAGGAGCUGGGGAAGAGGAAGCCAAGGGGAGGAAGAGGCCCAAGGAGGGCCUGCUGCAGAUGAAGCUGCCAGAGCCAGUUAAGUUGCAGAUGUGCCUCCUGCUUCAAUACCUCUGUGACUGCCAGGUCCGGCACCGGAUAGAAGCCAUUGUCGCCUUUUCAGAUGACUUUGUAGCUAAGCUCCAAGACAAUCAGCGCUUCCGAUAUAACGAAGUUAUGCAAGCCUUAAACAUGUCGGCUGCACUCACAGCCAGGAAAACAAAGGAAUUUAGAUCACCACCUCAAGAACAGAUCAAUAUGCUUCUCAAUUUUAAGGAUGACAAAAGUGAAUGUCCAUGUCCUGAAGAAAUUCGUGACCAGCUCUUGGAUUUCCAUGAAGAUUUGAUGACCCAUUGUGGAAUUGAGCUGGAUGAAGAUGGGUCUCUGGAUGGGAACAGUGAUUUAACAAUUAGAGGGCGUCUGCUGUCCCUGGUAGAAAAGGUGACAUACCUGAAGAAGAAACAAGCAGAAAAACCGGUUGAGAGUGACUCCAAGAAGUCCUCCAGUCUUCAGCAGUUGAUUUCUGAGACCAUGGUUCGUUGGGCUCAAGAGUCUGUCAUUGAGGACCCUGAGUUGGUGAGAGCCAUGUUUGUGCUGCUCCAUCGACAGUAUGACGGCAUCGGAGGUCUGGUUCGGGCUCUGCCAAAGACCUACACUAUAAAUGGUGUCUCUGUGGAGGACACCAUCAACCUACUGGCAUCUCUUGGUCAGAUUCGGUCUCUACUGAGUGUGAGAAUGGGCAAAGAAGAAGAGAAGCUUAUGAUUCGUGGAUUAGGGGAUAUCAUGAAUAAUAAAGUGUUUUACCAGCAUCCUAAUCUCAUGAGGGCCCUGGGGAUGCACGAGACAGUGAUGGAGGUCAUGGUGAACGUCCUCGGAGGUGGGGAGUCCAAGGAAAUCACCUUUCCCAAGAUGGUGGCCAACUGUUGCCGUUUUCUCUGCUACUUCUGUCGUAUAAGUAGGCAGAAUCAAAAAGCUAUGUUUGAUCAUCUCAGUUACUUACUGGAAAACAGCAGUGUUGGUCUCGCCUCACCAGCUAUGAGAGGUUCGACACCACUGGAUGUGGCAGCAGCCUCGGUGAUGGAUAAUAAUGAACUUGCCCUAGCUCUGCGCGAGCCAGAUCUGGAAAAGGUAGUUCGUUAUUUGGCUGGCUGUGGACUGCAGAGUUGCCAGAUGCUGGUGUCUAAGGGUUAUCCAGACAUCGGGUGGAAUCCAGUUGAGGGAGAGAGAUAUCUUGACUUUCUCAGAUUCGCUGUCUUCUGUAAUGGAGAGAGUGUGGAAGAAAAUGCAAAUGUCGUGGUGAGACUGCUCAUUCGGAGGCCUGAGUGUUUUGGUCCUGCUUUGAGAGGGGAAGGUGGGAAUGGUCUUCUUGCAGUCAUGGAAGAAGCCAUAAAAAUAGCUGAGGAUCCUUCCCGAGAUGGUCCCUCACCAACUAGCGGAUCCAGUAAAACACUUGAUACAGAAGAGGAGGAAGAUGACACUAUCCACAUGGGGAACGCGAUCAUGACCUUUUAUGCAGCUUUGAUUGACCUCUUAGGACGCUGUGCCCCGGAGAUGCAUUUGAUUCAUGCCGGUAAGGGAGAAGCCAUCAGAAUCAGGUCUAUUUUGAGAUCCCUAAUUCCACUGGGAGAUUUGGUAGGAGUAAUCAGCAUUGCUUUUCAGAUGCCAACAAUAGCCAAAGAUGGGAAUGUGGUGGAGCCUGACAUGUCUGCGGGGUUCUGCCCAGAUCACAAGGCAGCCAUGGUUUUAUUCCUCGACAGGGUUUACGGAAUCGAGGUUCAAGAUUUUCUCCUGCAUCUUCUUGAGGUUGGCUUUCUACCAGAUCUCCGGGCCGCUGCCUCUUUAGAUACGGCUGCUUUGAGUGCUACCGACAUGGCCUUGGCCCUCAAUCGGUACCUCUGCACAGCCGUCCUGCCUUUGUUAACGAGAUGCGCCCCUCUUUUUGCGGGCACAGAGCACCACGCUUCCCUCAUUGACUCGUUACUUCAUACUGUGUACAGACUUUCUAAGGGCUGCUCUCUCACCAAAGCUCAACGGGAUUCCAUCGAAGUGUGUUUACUCUCCAUUUGUGGCCAGUUGAGACCUUCGAUGAUGCAGCACUUACUCAGAAGAUUAGUAUUUGAUGUUCCAUUGUUAAAUGAACAUGCCAAGAUGCCUCUUAAGCUGCUGACAAAUCAUUAUGAAAGAUGCUGGAAAUAUUACUGCCUGCCUGGAGGGUGGGGAAACUUUGGUGCUGCCUCAGAAGAAGAACUUCAUUUAUCAAGAAAGUUGUUCUGGGGCAUUUUUGAUGCCCUGUCUCAAAAGAAAUAUGAACAAGAACUUUUCAAACUGGCACUGCCUUGCCUGAGUGCAGUUGCGGGAGCUUUGCCUCCAGACUACAUGGAAUCAAAUUAUGUCAGUAUGAUGGAAAAACAGUCAUCAAUGGAUUCUGAAGGGAACUUUAACCCACAACCUGUUGAUACCUCAAAUAUUACAAUUCCUGAGAAGUUGGAAUACUUCAUUAACAAAUACGCAGAGCAUUCCCAUGACAAAUGGUCGAUGGACAAGUUGGCAAAUGGAUGGAUUUAUGGAGAGAUAUUUUCAGAUUCUUCUAAGGUUCAACCAUUAAUGAAGCCAUAUAAACUAUUAUCUGAAAAGGAAAAAGAAAUUUAUCGCUGGCCAAUCAAAGAAUCUUUAAAAACUAUGCUGGCCUGGGGUUGGAGAAUUGAGAGAACCCGGGAGGGAGACAGCAUGGCUCUUUAUAACCGGACGCGUCGUAUUUCUCAGACUAGCCAGGUUUCUGUAGAUGCUGCCCAUGGUUAUAGCCCUCGAGCCAUUGACAUGAGCAACGUCACACUAUCCAGAGACCUGCAUGCUAUGGCAGAAAUGAUGGCCGAAAACUACCAUAAUAUAUGGGCAAAGAAAAAGAAACUGGAGUUGGAGUCCAAAGGAGGUGGAAACCAUCCCCUGCUGGUGCCUUAUGAUACACUGACAGCCAAAGAGAAAGCCAAGGAUAGGGAAAAAGCACAGGACAUCCUCAAGUUCUUGCAGAUCAAUGGAUAUGCUGUGUCCAGAGGAUUCAAGGACCUGGAGUUGGACACACCUUCUAUUGAGAAACGAUUUGCCUAUAGUUUCCUCCAGCAACUCAUUCGCUAUGUGGAUGAAGCCCAUCAGUAUAUCCUGGAGUUUGAUGGUGGCAGCAGAAGCAAAGGAGAGCAUUUCCCUUAUGAACAAGAAAUCAAGUUCUUUGCAAAAGUCGUUCUUCCUUUAAUUGAUCAGUAUUUCAAAAACCAUCGUUUAUACUUCUUAUCUGCAGCAAGUAGACCUCUCUGCUCUGGAGGACACGCAUCAAACAAGGAGAAAGAAAUGGUGACUAGCCUAUUCUGCAAACUUGGAGUUCUUGUCAGGCAUAGGAUUUCACUAUUUGGAAAUGAUGCCACCUCAAUUGUCAACUGUCUUCAUAUUUUGGGUCAGACUUUGGAUGCAAGGACUGUGAUGAAGACUGGUCUGGAGAGUGUUAAAAGUGCACUGAGAGCUUUUCUGGACAACGCUGCAGAGGAUCUGGAGAAGACAAUGGAAAAUCUUAAGCAGGGCCAGUUCACCCACACCCGAAACCAACCCAAAGGGGUGACUCAGAUUAUCAAUUACACCACGGUGGCACUGUUGCCGAUGCUGUCAUCAUUAUUUGAACACAUUGGCCAACAUCAGUUUGGAGAAGAUCUAAUAUUGGAAGAUGUACAGGUGUCUUGUUAUAGAAUUCUGACUAGCUUAUAUGCUUUGGGAACCAGCAAGAGUAUUUAUGUGGAGAGGCAACGUUCUGCAUUAGGAGAAUGUCUAGCUGCCUUUGCUGGUGCCUUUCCUGUAGCGUUUCUGGAAACUCAUCUUGACAAACAUAACAUUUACUCCAUCUACAACACUAAGUCUUCACGGGAGAGAGCAGCUCUCAGUUUGCCAGCUAGUGUGGAAGAUGUUUGUCCAAAUAUACCGUCUUUGGAGAAACUCAUGGAAGAAAUUGUGGAAUUAGCCGAGUCUGGCAUCCGCUACACUCAAAUGCCACAUGUCAUGGAAGUCGUACUGCCCAUGCUUUGUAGCUACAUGUCUCGCUGGUGGGAGCACGGCCCUGAGAACAAUCCAGAAAGGACUGAGAUGUGCUGUACAGCUCUGAACUCAGAACACAUGAACACACUGCUGGGGAACAUAUUGAAAAUAAUCUAUAAUAACUUGGGCAUUGAUGAGGGAGCCUGGAUGAAGAGGUUAGCAGUGUUUUCCCAGCCUAUUAUAAAUAAAGUGAAACCUCAGCUCUUGAAAACUCAUUUCCUGCCCUUAAUGGAGAAACUCAAGAAAAAGGCAGCCAUGGUGGUGUCUGAGGAAGACCACAUGAAAGCUGAGGCCAGGGGGGAUAUGUCUGAGGCUGAACUUCUCAUCCUCGAUGAGUUCACCACGCUGGCCAGAGACCUCUAUGCCUUCUACCCGCUCUUGAUUAGAUUUGUGGACUAUAACAGGGCAAAGUGGCUGAAGGAGCCAAACCCAGAAGCCGAGGAACUCUUCCGCAUGGUGGCCGAAGUGUUCAUCUUCUGGUCAAAAUCCCACAAUUUCAAAAGAGAAGAACAGAACUUCGUUGUACAGAAUGAAAUCAACAACAUGUCUUUCCUUAUUACUGAUACCAAGUCAAAGAUGUCAAAGGCAGCUGUUUCUGAUCAGGAAAGGAAGAAGAUAAGGCGCAAAGGGGACCGGUAUUCCAUGCAGACCUCUCUCAUCGUGGCGGCUCUGAGGCGGCUGCUGCCCAUUGGUUUGAACAUCUGUGCCCCUGGGGACCAGGAGCUGAUUGCUCUGGCCAAAAAUCGAUUGAGUCUGAAAGACACUGAGGAUGAAGUACGAGAUAUAAUCCGCAGUAAUAUUCAUUUACAAGGCAAGUUAGAGGAUCCUGCUAUUAGAUGGCAAAUGGCUCUUUACAAAGAUUUACCAAAUAGGACCGAAGAUACCUCGGAUCCAGAGAAGACAGUAGAAAGAGUUUUGGAUAUAGCAAAUGUGCUUUUUCAUCUUGAACAGGUGGAACAUCCUCAGAGGUCUAAAAAGGCUGUUUGGCACAAACUCCUCUCUAAGCAGAGGAAGAGGGCAGUGGUCGCCUGCUUCCGGAUGGCCCCCUUAUAUAAUCUGCCAAGGCAUCGGGCUGUCAAUCUCUUUCUUCAGGGAUAUGAAAAAUCUUGGAUUGAAACAGAAGAGCAUUACUUUGAAGAUAAACUAAUAGAAGAUUUAGCAAAACCUGGGGCCAAACCUCCAGAAGAAGAUGAAGGCACUAAGAGAGUGGAUCCUCUGCAUCAGCUGAUCCUUCUCUUUAGUCGAACGGCUUUAACAGAGAAAUGCAAACUGGAGGAAGAUUUUUUAUAUAUGGCUUAUGCAGAUAUUAUGGCAAAGAGUUGUCAUGAUGAGGAAGAUGAUGAUGGUGAAGAAGAGGUGAAGAGUUUUGAAGUCACAGGAUCCCAACGCAGCAAGGAAAAAGAAAUGGAAAAGCAAAAGCUUCUGUACCAGCAAGCCAGACUGCAUGACCGAGGUGCUGCCGAAAUGGUGCUACAGACUAUCAGUGCCAGCAAAGGUGAAACUGGACCAAUGGUAGCUGCUACUUUGAAACUUGGAAUUGCCAUUUUAAAUGGUGGGAAUUCUACAGUACAGCAGAAAAUGCUUGACUACCUCAAGGAGAAGAAGGAUGUGGGUUUCUUCCAGAGCCUGGCGGGCCUGAUGCAGUCGUGUAGUGUCCUUGACCUAAAUGCAUUUGAGCGACAGAACAAAGCUGAAGGACUUGGCAUGGUGACAGAGGAAGGAUCAGCCUCUCACUUUGAAAGUCACAGACUGCGGACUGGAGAAAAGGUUCUGCAGGACGACGAGUUCACCUGUGACCUCUUCCGAUUCCUGCAACUACUUUGUGAGGGACACAGCUCAGAUUUUCAAAAUUAUCUGAGAACUCAAACUGGCAAUAAUACAACUGUCAACAUAAUCAUCUCUACUGUAGACUAUCUGCUGAGAGUUCAGGAAUCAAUCAGUGAUUUCUAUUGGUAUUACUCUGGGAAAGAUGUUAUUGAUGAGCAGGGACAGCGGAAUUUCUCCAAAGCUAUUCAAGUAGCAAAACAAGUCUUUAACACUCUUACAGAGUAUAUUCAGGGUCCCUGCACUGGGAACCAGCAAAGCCUGGCCCACAGCCGGCUGUGGGACGCAGUGGUGGGCUUUCUGCACGUGUUUGCCCACAUGCAAAUGAAGCUGUCUCAGGAUUCCAGCCAAAUUGAGCUAUUAAAAGAAUUAAUGGAUCUUCAAAAGGAUAUGGUGGUCAUGUUGCUGUCCAUGUUAGAAGGUAAUGUCGUUAAUGGGACAAUCGGCAAACAGAUGGUCGAUAUGCUUGUGGAGUCUUCCAAUAACGUGGAGAUGAUUCUCAAAUUUUUUGACAUGUUUUUAAAACUAAAGGAUUUGACAUCUUCCGAUACAUUUAAAGAAUAUGAUCCUGAUGGCAAGGGGGUCAUUUCCAAGAGGGACUUCCACAAAGCGAUGGAGAGUCACAAGCACUACACACAGUCAGAAACAGAGUUUCUUCUGUCUUGUGCGGAGACCGACGAGAACGAAACCCUUGACUAUGAAGAGUUUGUCAAACGCUUCCAUGAACCUGCUAAGGACAUCAGCUUCAACGUCGCCGUCCUUCUGACAAACCUUUCCGAGCACAUGCCCAACGACACUCGGCUGCAGACGUUCCUGGAGUUAGCGGAGAGUGUGCUGCAUUACUUCCAGCCCUUUCUGGGCCGCAUUGAGAUCAUGGGAAGUGCCAAGCGCAUCGAGAGGGUUUACUUUGAAAUCAGCGAGUCCAGCCGAACCCAGUGGGAGAAGCCCCAGGUCAAGGAGUCCAAAAGGCAGUUCAUAUUCGAUGUGGUCAAUGAAGGAGGUGAAAAGGAGAAGAUGGAACUCUUCGUUAAUUUCUGCGAGGACACCAUAUUUGAAAUGCAGCUGGCGGCUCAGAUCUCGGAGUCGGACCUGAACGAGAGGUCAGCGAAUAAAGAAGAAAGUGAGAAGGAGAGGCCCGAAGAGCAGGGGCCCAGGGUGGGUUUCUUUUCCAUCCUGACGGUCAAGUCGGCCCUGUUUGCUCUCAGGUACAACGUCCUGACCCUGAUGCGAAUGCUCAGCCUGAAGAGCCUCAAGAAACAGAUGAAAAAGGCAAAAAAGAUGACCGUGAGGGACAUGGUAACAGCCUUCUUUUCGUCCUAUUGGAGUGUUUUUAUGACCCUCUUGCACUUCGUGGCCAGUGUUUUCAGAGGCUUUUUCCGCAUCGUUUGCAGCCUGCUGCUGGGGGGAAGCCUGGUAGAAGGUGCUAAAAAGAUCAAAGUCGCAGAACUCUUGGCCAACAUGCCAGACCCCACCCAGGACGAGGUUCGAGGGGAUGGGGAAGAGGGAGAGAGGAAACCUGUGGAAACCGCCCUGCCCUCAGAAGACCUGACAGACUUGCAGGAACUGGCAGAGGAAAGUGACCUUCUUUCGGACAUAUUUGGGUUGGAUCUGAAGAGGGAAGGAGGACAGUACAAACUAAUUCCUCACAAUCCAAAUGCCGGCCUCAGUGACCUGAUGAGCAGCCCAGUCCCCAUCCCUGAGGUUCAGGAGCAGUUUCAGAAGGCAAAGGAAGAGGAAAAGGAAGAAAAGGAAGAAACCAAAUCUGAACCGGAAAAAGCUGAGGGAGAAGACGGAGAGAAAGAAGAGAAAGCCAGAGAAGAGAAGGGUAAACAGAAGCUGCGGCAGCUGCACACACACAGAUAUGGAGAGCAGGAAGUGCCAGAGUCAGCAUUCUGGAAGAAAAUCAUAGCGUAUCAACAGAAACUUCUAAACUAUUUUGCUCGCAACUUUUACAACAUGAGAAUGUUAGCCUUGUUUGUCGCAUUUGCAAUCAAUUUCAUCUUGCUUUUUUAUAAGGUCUCCACUUCCUCUGUGGCUGAAGGAAAGGAGCUCUCCACUCGAAGUUCAAGUGAAAACGCCAAAGUUAGCAGCCUGGACGGCGGCUCACACAGGAUCAUCGCAGUUCACUACGUCCUGGAGGAGAGCAGCGGCUACAUGGAGCCCACGUUGCGUAUCUUAGCUAUUCUACACACGGUCAUUUCUUUCUUCUGCAUCAUCGGAUACUACUGCUUGAAAGUCCCGUUGGUUAUCUUUAAGCGAGAAAAGGAAGUGGCACGAAAGCUGGAGUUCGAUGGGCUUUAUAUUACAGAACAGCCUUCAGAAGACGACAUCAAAGGCCAGUGGGACAGACUCGUAAUCAACACACAGUCAUUUCCCAACAACUACUGGGACAAAUUUGUUAAAAGAAAGGUUAUGGAUAAGUAUGGAGAGUUCUAUGGCCGAGACAGGAUCAGCGAGUUACUUGGCAUGGAUAAAGCAGCUCUGGACUUCAGCGACGCGAGAGAAAAGAAGAAGCCAAAGAAAGAUAGCUCCUUAUCGGCUGUACUGAACUCUAUUGAUGUGAAGUAUCAGAUGUGGAAACUAGGAGUCGUUUUCACUGACAACUCCUUCCUCUACCUGGCCUGGUACAUGACUAUGUCCAUUCUUGGACACUAUAACAACUUUUUUUUUGCCGCUCAUCUUCUUGACAUUGCUAUGGGAUUCAAGACAUUAAGAACCAUCUUGUCAUCAGUAACCCACAAUGGCAAACAGCUUGUAUUAACCGUGGGCUUAUUAGCUGUUGUCGUAUACCUGUAUACCGUGGUGGCAUUCAAUUUUUUCCGAAAAUUCUAUAAUAAAAGUGAAGAUGGUGAUACACCAGAUAUGAAAUGUGAUGAUAUGCUAACGUGUUACAUGUUCCACAUGUAUGUUGGGGUGCGUGCUGGAGGCGGCAUCGGCGACGAAAUCGAAGAUCCGGCAGGAGAUGAAUAUGAGAUCUACCGGAUCAUAUUCGAUAUCACCUUCUUCUUUUUCGUCAUUGUCAUCCUCUUGGCCAUAAUACAAGGUCUAAUUAUCGAUGCUUUUGGAGAAUUAAGAGACCAGCAGGAGCAAGUCAAGGAAGACAUGGAGACCAAAUGCUUCAUCUGUGGGAUAGGCAAUGACUACUUCGACACGGUGCCACAUGGCUUUGAAACCCACACUUUACAGGAGCACAACUUGGCCAACUACCUGUUUUUUCUGAUGUAUCUCAUAAACAAAGAUGAGACAGAACACACAGGACAGGAGUCAUAUGUGUGGAAGAUGUAUCAAGAGAGGUGCUGGGAAUUUUUCCCAGCAGGGGAUUGUUUCCGGAAACAGUAUGAAGACCAGCUAAACUAAACUCAGACCCCGAUCACCCCUAAAACCAAGCCCUCCCCGCCACAGUCUCUCUGCUCUCCUGGAAACAUCUUCCUGAAUUCGUGAGUGGGCAGCGUCAUGUGCUUCCUGGGAGCAUCGAAACUGUUUCUGAAGACCUGACUGUGUUUUCCCCCCACCUCAUGUAUUUUCCUUGAGAAUAAAGACUGAAGAAUAAUCUAAAUUCAGACACAGACAAAAAUAGGAACUCUGCAAAGAAAACCAUUCUGGACACUCUAUCAUAACUCACAAGACAGAUUUUCUUGGGAGACUCUGGGAAGUCUCCUUGAGCUGCGGGACCUUCACAGACAAGCGUGCCAGCCACACUCACCCGGCUCCCUUAUUUCCCCAUCCUGAAAGGAACCGUCGAGGGUCACAGCCACUGCAGCACUUAACAGAUUGCCGUGGACAGGGUCGCAAGGGAAAUAGUGCCUUACUAUAUGCGGGUUCAGCUAUGCAGAAGAUACGUGCAUGACCAACAUCUUUAUUUUCUUUACGUCCACCUUUUUUUUUCUCUUAGAUUGAUUUUGUGAGGUUUUCUUUUUUUUUUUUUCCUUUGGUGGGGGAGGGUAACAAAAGCAGUUUGUUCACAACUUUUUACAAAGACGGGUGCAGUGUCUCAGGAUGGAAGGAGGCUCUUAUUUAGCUAAAUUCACAUCUACCCUCCCCAAGUGCUCCUGCUCUUAUUUUAAUAAUGCUCUGAUGCAGUGUUGCAACUUUAUGAAAUCUUUGUAUGAAAACAAAAAGACUGCAAAAAAUACACUCGCAAAAGAAAUAAUUCAUUGCAUGUUGAUUAUGCAAGUUUAAACGAACAAAGAAAACCUUCCGAAGCAAGUUGAUCCACGUGAGAGAACUUUCAUGAUAAUUAUAUUCAUAGUAAUAAAGUGUCGUGGGCUUAAUCGUAUAUUUGGAGCCAGUGUCAUCCACCAACAAUGUGAUACGUUAUGAACUUGACAGUAGUUUUGGGUUUUUCUCUUUCUUUCGGCCACCUGUGAUCAGUUGUUGACUAAGGACUUCUUGUCAGGCCAUUUUUUUUAAAUAUCAAAGCUGAAGCAAUAUCCAUUCAGGGAUCUCAUCAGUUGCAUCACAGAACACGGAUGAUGAUACAAAUCACUUCAGUUUUUCCAUUUUGAGUCCUUUUAAAUGUAAUGUUAAUCUUUACAAUUAAAAGAUUCAGAACGGAAGCAAGGUCAUUUUGCAAACAUUUUUGCUCUUUUAUGACAAGUCUGCUUGUUCAUUUUAGAAUUGUACAACUGCUCUGAUUAAACUAUUUAACUAACUUUCU